CGCCAGGACUCUCCGCUCCGUGCUGUUUAUUCCACAGAGGAAUGUGUUUGUGUUUUGGGACGCCAUCCCGAGUUUAAGGUGAAGCGGAUAAACAUGGAGUUUGUGAUUAAAGAAGAGAUUAAGGAGUUCAUCAUCUUUCCAGAGCCCUGCAGAGUCAAAGAAGAGCAAACCGAGGAGCUGCUGGGUCCACAUGUGAAAGAAGAAAGCGAAGACCUGAACAUACAGACACCUGAAGAUUUCAGUACUGAAGAAAAACCUUUCAGAAACUCAGGAAAGAGACGUGCAAAGGGCGAUACGACGUGUCACGAUUGUGGAAAAUCCUUCAAGUACAUAAGCCACUUCACAUCCCACAGAAGAAUCCACAGCGGGGAGAAACCCUUCACAUGCAGAGAGUGUGGGAAAACAUUCAACCACAAAGGAAACCUGAAUAUCCACCUGAAGGCUCACGUCGGGGAGAAGCCGUUCGGGUGCCAUCACUGCGGGAAGAGCUUCAUCCACAGGGGACACCUGAACGACCACAUGAGGGUCCACACUGGAGAAACACCCUACGCUUGCACACGCUGCCCAAAACGCUUCAGGUUUAAAUCCAGCCUCACGUGGCACAUGAAGAGUCACACACAGCCGCAGCGCUGGACAUGCCAACAAUGCGGACUCAAGUUAAAGAACACCAAAACGCUCAAAGUGCACACCAAAACACACAUGCAGAAAAACCCCUUCACAUGCAUCCAGUGUGGGAAAGGCUUCAAGUGCAUUAGAAGCCUUCAGAGGCACAUGCAGACGCACGCUGAAGAGUGCCCUCACAAGUGCCCACACUGCACCAAGCGGUUCAUUCAUAAAGGACACCUCAAUGAGCACUUGAGGACGCACACUAAAGACAGACCCUACACUUGUGAAGUGUGCGGAAAGACGUUCAAUCACAAGGGAUACUUAAGUGUUCAUCUCAGGAUGCACAGCGGAGAGAAACCGUACGCAUGCGAUCACUGCGGAAAGAGCUUCAUCCACAGAGGACACCUUAAUGAACAUGUGAAAGUGCACACUGGAGUGAAGCCGCACACCUGCCCUCACUGCGGAAAGAAGUUCGGCAAUAAGGGAUACUUCAAUGUUCACUUGAGGACUCACUCUGAGGAGAAGCCGUUUGCCUGUCAUUACUGCGGGAAGCGUUUCCUUCAUCGAGGACACCUGAAUGAGCACCUGAGGAUCCACACUGGGGAGAAACCGUUCAAGUGCGCUCUCUGUGCACUGACGUUCACGCAUAAAGGAAGCCUGACGUGGCACAUGAAGGUUCACACUGGAGAGUAGAGUAAUCCGAGGGCGUCCAGGUGAAGAAGUUGACUCCUCGAAGCUCUUCUGGAAGAUAUUCCUGCUCCACCGGCCUGCUGAAGUUUGGGUUGUAUUUGUACCCUUUAGCGUAUCCCAGAUUCUUCAUGAGUUUGGUGGGAGCGUUGCGCAGAUGAAGAGGAACAGAUGGGAGCGGGCCUUUAUGGUUUCUCAGACAGAUCUUAACGUUAUUAUAAGCCUUGUAAACCUCCACAGAUUUAGGAGCUCGGGCCAAAUAAACCACACACUGGGCUAGAAUAACCUGGAAGUGUUCGAGAGGAGAUACAGAUCACACUGACAGAAAGAGACACAAACACUGUACAUUUCUGAGUGUGCCUCACACAGGUGAGUGGGUUUGACAAACCACCCGAAGAAGAAGAAGAAGAAGAAAUAAAAAGCUGAAACCUGUAACCAUUGACUUUUAUAGCAUCUGCUACUGUGGAAGUCAAUGGUUACAGGUUUCCAGCAUUCUUCAAAAUAUCUUUGUGGAAAAACAACAACAACACAAAAACUCAAACAGGUCUUCAACAACUGUCCCUUUAGGCUUUAAACAUACAAAUCAAAUUAAACCUGCAUUAUAGACUGUAUAUAAGAACACAAUAGCAGUGCUGUAUUUACCUCACAUUCGGGCAUGCCGAUGAAGUGACAGGCCUGAAACGCUGCUACAGCCUGACUGAGAGCCACAGGGUCCGCCAGACCUGCACAACACACACAAUACGUUAAUAUUUAUACACAAUACACUAAUGUUUCAUCAAAUGGUUUGGCAUAUAAUGAACAGGUUUGACCAUUGAUCAUUUCUGUGAUACUACUGUACAGGACUGUGGAAACAUUGAGAAAUAAUUCAGAACGAUCAGAUGAUCAGAGAAUAGAUCACAAUUCUCAGACUCUGAGGUGUUUACCAGCAGAUGGCGCUGUGUGCUUUAUAAACAGCUGUACGCUGUUGGAUACGAUUCCUUACAACGAAACCUACAAUCACAAUAGUAAUAAUAAUUAAUAAAUAGCCUAGAGCGCCAUCUACUGUUAUAAACUAGCCUAGAGCGCCAUCUGCUGUUCAAAAGUAGUCUAGCGCGCUAUCUGCUGUUAUACACUAGCCUAGAGCGCCAUCUGCUGUUUUAAACUAGCCUAGAUCACCAUAUGCUAUUAUAAACUAGCCUAAAGUGCCAUCUGCCGUUUAAAAAUAGCCUAGAGCACCAUCUACUGUUAAAAACUAGCCUAGAGCACCAUCUGCUAUUAUAAACUAGCCUACAGCGCUGUCUGCUGUUAAAAACAAGCCUAGAGCACCACCUGCUGUUCAAAACUAGCCUAGAGCGCCACCUGCUGUUCAAAACUAGCCUAGAGCGCCACCUGCUGUUCAAAACUAGCCUAGAGCGCCACCUGCUGUUCAAAACUAGUCCAGAGCGCCACCUGCUGUUCAAAACUAGCCUAGAGCGCCAUCUGCUGUUCAAAACUAGCCUAGAGCGCUGUCUGCUGUUCAAAACUAGCCUAGAGCGCCAUCUUCUGUUUUAUACUAGCCUAAAGCGCCAUCUGCUGUUAUAAACUAGCCUAGAGUGUCCUCCACUGUUAAACACUAGCCUAGAGCGCCAUCUGCAGCUAGCAUAGAGCGCAUCCACUAUUAAAAACUUGUUCCAAAAACGCUCCACAAAUCGUACUGCAUAUAUUCAUUACCCCAUCUCUUGUACUGCAUCAUCGUGAAGCUAACGCAGAUCAGCUACUCACCGAUAUCCUCACUAGCGAAUCGCACUAGCCUGCGAGCGACGUACAGUGGGUCUUCGCCGCCCUCCAGCAUUCGGGCCAGCCAGUAGAGGGCAGCGUUUGCUUCAGAUCCUCUCAUUGACUUGUGCAGGGCUGAGAUACAGUUAUAGUGCUCCUCACCUACACACACACACACACACACACACACACACACACACACACACACACACACACACACACACACACACUACAUGUGAAUUUACAUUUACAGUUUUGGAGUCAGUGUGUCAAUAUUUGUUAACAUGUGUGACUGAUGGAUGAACACGUGUAAAGCGCUGUACCUGCUUUGUCGUAGAGAAUGUGUGAUCUCUGCAGACCCUCUUUAAUGUGCUGCUCGCGCACUAAUGUGCUGCUUCUGCUGUGAUUGGAGCCGGUCUGCAACACACACGCCUGCACCGCCAGCUGGAGGCCGUUGAGAGCGGCUCGAGCGUCUCCAUCACACAGAUGUGCUAGUGUGUCCAGCGCUUUCUGCUCCACACACACCUGCGCUCUGCACACACAAACAGCAGAAAACAGUGUGUUGAGUGGAGUGGAUGUAUGUGAUGACAUUGAAUCAUCAGCUGCGUCUGCAUACAUUGAGAGCCUUCAUGACUGAAAUGAAAUACACCGCUGGUCACCAAGGCAAACUGGAAUGCUGAAAUAUGACUGGCAGUGGGUGGAGUUACAGAGAUCAAAACAAAGAGACAUUCAGAAACAGAACUUGUUUUUCAGAUAAACACUGCUCACUGAACAUGUUUCUGAAUAUCUGCAAACAUUAUAUGGUACUUUUAUACUUAGAAGAGUUAAGAACUUAAUUUAUAAACAUAGUAACUGCAAAUAAGUGUGUAAAUCUAAGAGACCUUAUUGUAAAGAGUCCAAUAUUGUACUUCAUAAUCCCCAUUUGCAAUAAAAUAUUUCAUGAAUUAAA